AAAGCAGUGGUUUUCAGUUGGGAAAACUCAGGAUAGAGAAAAACCUUUUGAGGCAUCCAGGACAAAUCAGAUCUCUGGACUGAAUCCUGCCCCAGUGCGUCACAUUAGCUGACUGAACACUGGCUGUUCCCACAACGAUGAGUACACCAAUCCUGUGGUUGGUAAGCCAAGCUUGCUUUCACUUCUCCCCUGUGGUGUGCUGCCUGCAUCACACAACGAGGCUUUGGAAGCCUGGCCCGGGGCACAGCAGUCCAACUGCAGACUGCAAUCUAUGCAGAGCAGCUGGAAUUCUCUGAGAGCUCAAGGACAGCCUGGCCUACAUAGUGAGUUCUAGGCCACCCAGGGUUACAUAGAUCCUGCCUCAAACAAACAUGUAACUUGAUGGAAUGAAAAUUUACAAGUUUACAAGCAUCCAGGCGCAGCUGGACCUGGUUGGGGUUCUCUGUGGUUCCAUGCUUUCUGUACUCCUGCCUGCUGGCUCCAGCUGCUGACAGGACUGACAUCUUCUGCAACCUCCAGGAUCAGGAAAAAGAAAGCUGCUUCAAAUCUUCCAAAUCACUUCCUCUUGGCCCAGGAACAAUGGCUGCCAUGUCAGAAGACUCUUGCAUCAACUUCAAGGAAAUGAUGUUUAUUGACAACAUGCUUUACUUUAUACCUGAAGAAAAUGGAGACCUGGAAUCAGACAACUUUGGCAGACUUCACUGUACAACCGCAGUAAUACGGAAUAUAAAUGACCAAGUUCUCUUCGUUGACAAAAGACAGCCUGUGUUCGAGGAUAUGACUGAUAUUGAUCGAAGUGCCAGUGAACCCCAGACCAGACUGAUAAUAUACAUGUACAAAGACAGUGAAGUAAGAGGACUGGCUGUGACCCUCUCUGUGAAGGAUAGUAAAAUGUCUACCCUCUCCUGUAAGAACAAAAUCAUUUCCUUUGAGGAAAUGGAUCCACCUGAAAAUAUUGAUGAUAUACAAAGUGAUCUCAUAUUCUUUCAGAAACGUGUUCCAGGACACAACAAGAUGGAGUUUGAAUCUUCACUGUAUGAAGGACACUUUCUUGCUUGCCAAAAGGAAAAUGAUGCUUUCAAACUCAUUCUGAAAAAGAAGGAUGAAACUGGGGAUACAUCUGUAAUGUUCACUCUCACUAACCUACGUCAAAGUUAGGUAGUGAGGGUUUCUGUUCCAGAGAGAUGAUUAGUACAUACGCGCCGUACGAUAACCUAGCCUGUAUUUCCAUAACAAAAUACCCGAGGCUGCAUGAUUUACAGAGUAAACACGCUAAUUUGCCGAA